UGCGUGUGUUGUCAUAGCAACCAUUUUACGUUAACUGGCUUGCAGUGUCUAAGCUGGGGCCUGGCGACUGCGGGGGCCGUGCUGCCUGCGUUCUCCGUCCGCUUCCUGUGGCCGAAAGGCUCUAGCGGGCCGGGGGAGUCUGGCCUAGGCAUCCGCGUCGCCCGGUGUGGGCGGGAUGGCUGCGGAAGAAGAGGACGAGGUGGAAUGGGUGGUGGAGAGCAUCGCGGGGUUCCUGCGGGGUCCGGAUUGGUCCAUCCCCAUCUUGGACUUUGUGGAGCAGAAAUGCGAAGUUUUUGAUGAUGAAGAAGAAAGCAAAUUGACCUAUACAGAAAUUCAUCAAGAGUACAAAGAGCUAGUUGAAAAGCUGUUAGAAAGUUACCUGAAAGAAAUAGGAAUUAAUGAAGAUCAGUUUCAAGAAGCAUGCACUUCCCCUCUGGCAAAGACACACACAUCACAGGCCAUUUUGCAGCCCGUGUUGGCAGCAGAGGACUUCACUAUCUUUAAAGCAAUGAUGGUCCAGAAGAACAUUGAGAUGCAGCUUCAAGCCAUCCGGAUAAUCCAGGAGAGGAAUGGUGUGUUACCCGACUGCUUAACUGACGGCGCCGAUGUAGUCAGUGAUCUUGAACAGGAAGAGAUGAAAAUCCUGAGGGAGGUCCUCAGAAAAUCAAAAGAAGAAUAUGACCAGGAGGAAGAAAGGAAACGAAAAAAGCAGGUCAGUAUUGCAGCUUGCAGAGUUCACAGCUGGUCAUCAGAGGCUAAAAUGGAAGACCCACCUGUGUAUACUCCUGAAGCUGCAAAAAUGAGUGAUUCCCAAGGGGAUGGAGAACAUUUUGUUCAGCCACCUUCAGAAGUUAAAGUGCAUUUUGCUAAUCAGUCAGUACAACCCUUGGCAAGAAAGAUGGAGCUGCUGCCUGAAACUUCUUCCCUCCCACAAAAAGGUCUGAAGAUUCCUGGUUUAGAACAUUCGAGCAUGGAAGGACCAAUAGCAAAUCUGUCAGCACUUGGAACAGAAGAGUUACGGCAACGAGAACACUAUCUCAAGCAGAAAAGAGAUAAGCUAAUGUCCAUGAGAAAGGAUAUGAGGGCAAAACAGAUCCAGAAUACUGAGCAAAAAGGAAAGCCUACCAGGGAGGUGGAGGAAAUGACAGAGAAGCCAGAAAUGACAGCAGAAGAGAAACAAACAUUAAUAAAGAGGCGACUACUUGCAGAGAAACUUAAAGAAGAAGUUAUUAAUAAGUAAUAUGAAGAGUUAGCAAAACAGUCCAAAUUUUCUUAAAAAUAAAUUAUUUAAUCCUUAAACAAGACUGUUAGUUUCAAGCAAAUACCUGCUUUCUAAAUGCAACUAUAAGCUCACUAUUAUUAUUUUUAAACAGGUAAAGGGCAAGAGGGAAGGCAGUUUAACAGAAAUUUCUGAUAGAGCCAGGUAUGGUGUUGCAUGCCUAUAAUCCUAGCACCCAGGAUGCGCAAGCAAGCAGGAGGAUCAGGAAUUCAAGGUCAUCCUUCGGCACAGAUCAAACUGGAGGGCAGCCUAGGUUACCUGAAUCUGUCUCAAACAACCUAAAUAAAUAAAAUAAGACAAAAA